UCGUCCAUGGGACACCAUGUCAGGGGUCACUCGUAAACAGGAAUGAGAUUUCCCAUUCGCCUGCAUACCGCCUCGGCGGGCCGGUCUUUUCGCAAAAUGGACGACUCGUUGAAGGUUUUCGGUGUUGUUUUGUGCCUGAUUUUCCACUGUUGUGCCCCCCGAUGCGCCGCUUCGACUCUAUCAGAGAAUUCGAUUAGCAAACAAGACGACAACAACAACAACAACAACAACAACACAUCCGUCGAACCUCCCGCGAAAUCUCGCACUUUAUACGACUAUCAAACGCGUACUGUCGCUUUCAAAGACCUGGUAGAAUCCAGGUGCAUCUUAGAGGUGCUCAACGGCGGCGAGAGCAUCAUCGGCCAAUGGAACUCCAACAGGAAAAUGAACACCAUCUCCAAGCAAUUCAUACGCAACGAAUUGCUCUCGAAGCGCCAGAUAUGGCGCUUGGGCGGGCAGCGCAUCUCCGAGUUCUGCAUGGGAUUCCCCACGUACCUCGUCAAGAACCAAGCCGACGUUGACGUUGACGUUGACAGCUCCGACGGGCUGUCUAACAGCAUAGACAAAGGCCGCGCCAAACGCUCUACCAGCAAUUACUUUCGAGGAAGGGUCGGGGGACAGACGCAGUCGCAGUACCUGAACUACGGCGGCGGGGAAUCCCCCGGAAGGGCGGAGGCUGAGUCCAAUUUCGAAGGCUCCAAGGCAGUAGUGGCGGGAAAUUCCGGCAUGGGCCAGGCGCAAAGCCAGAGCCUUUCUCUGGAUUGCGGCGAUUGCAGGGACCAGGAGCAGGUCAUCGAAAUCCAGAGAAGGCCCGUCGGGAGUUAUCCAGAAGCUAUUAGGCAACCCGGUGGGACGUCGCAACAAACUGGUUUCCCCAGUGGAUUUCCUGGACAAGGACAAUUUGGUAGAGGACCUGGACAAGAAGGACAAAUCGGUAGAGAACCUGGACAACAAGGACAAACUGGUAGAACACCUGGACAAGAAGGACAAAUUGGUAGAGGACCAGGACAAGAAGAGCAAAUCGGUAGAGGCUUUGGACAAGAAGGGCAAAUCGGUAGAGGACCUGGACAAGAGGGACAAAUCGGUAGAGGACCUGGACAAGAAGGGCAAAUCGGUAGAGUACCUGGACAAGAAGGACAAACCGGUAGAGGACUUGGACAAGAAGGGCAAAUAGGCGGAAGACCUGGACAAGAGGGGCAAGUUAUUGGAGGUCCAGGACAAAUUCCAGACUGGCAGAGACCGCCUGGAAGUUGGACGGGCCAGCCUACUACGGAACAAUGGCCUGUAGGUCCUGGGCAAACAGAACCUACAGGACAAUGGCCUGUAGGUCCUGGGCAAACAGGACAGACGAAUUGGCCGCAACAAACUGGAAAUAAUUUACAACCCGGAGGUGUAUCGAAUUGGAAAUUACAGCCGGGUAAUUUCCCCGGACAAACGGGUGUUGGACAACCGGUUGUUACGGCGAGUCGUCCUGGAGCAACUGGAAAUGUUGGACAGCCUGGAGCAACGGGAAAUUGGAAUUUACCACAAGGACCAGUUGCUGGAAAUUGGCCGGGUUCUGGACAACAAUAUCCAGGAGGUACGAAUUGGCCUAGUUAUCCGUCUAGUUCCACGCAAACAGGACAAAGUGGAGUAAAUCAAGUAGGAACAUGGCCAGGUCAAUGGCCGAGUCAAUCAAAUCAAGGAGUUGAAGGAGGUCAAAGGUCUCCUCAAAGGGGAAAUUUCGGUGGGAAAUUAAGCGGUGAUUAUCAAAGUCAUACGGGACAAUAUGGUAGAUUUCAGGGUCAAUUUUCUGGACAAUACGAAAAUUUUGGACCUACGGGGGGUACUGGACAAAUUGGUGGAUGGCCUGGUCAAACAGGAACCACGGGACAAACUAGCGGAUCAGGACCGACAGGAGGAUUUCCAGGACAAACUGGAGGCUGGCCUGGACAAACAGGUCGAGGACAAACUGGAGGUACAGGACAAAUAGGUGGUCCAGGGCAAAUUGGUGGAUGGCCCGGACAAACAGGAGGACCAGGUCAAAUUGGUGGUACUGGGCAAAUUGGUGGAUGGCCUGGGCAAACAGGAGGUACCGGUCAAAUUGGUGGUCCUGGACAAACAGGUGGUACUGGACAAAUUGGUGGAUGGCCCGGACAAACGGGAGGUACCGGUCAAAUUGGUGGUCCUGGACAAACUGGUGGUACUGGACAAACUGGUGGAUGGCCUGGGCAAACAGGAGGUACCGGUCAAAUUGGUGGUCCUGGACAAACUGGUGGUACAGGACAAAUUGGUGGAUGGCCUGGGCAAACAGGAGGUACCGGUCAAAUUGGUGGUCCUGGACAAACUGGUGGUACAGGACAAAUUGGUGGAUGGCCCGGACAAACGGGAGGUACCGGUCAAAUUGGUGGUCCUGGACAAACUGGUGGUACAGGUCAAAUCGGUGGAUGGCCCGGACAAACGGGAGGUACUGGUCAAAUUGGUGGUCCUGGACAAAUUGGAAGAUGGCCCGGUCAGGGGCAAGGUACUGGACAAAUCGGAGGACAAGGACAAAUUGGAGGACCAGGACAAGGACAAAUUGGAGGACCAGGACAAGGACAAAUCGGAGGACAAGGGCAAAUAGGACCAGGCCAAAUUGGCCAAUACGUAGACCAAGGAGGUAGAGUAACCGACGAUUCGGAUUCCCAAGUCCAAACGUCCGUCCAACAAUCCCAAAACGGCACGACCGCCCAAGCCCAAGCGCAAGGCACCUUCGAAGGCGGCACCGCCCAAUCACAAGUAUCCGGAACCUACUCGGGUUCGGGUUCUUUCAGCGCCGCCGCGGGAUCGGACGACGGCAAAAGAGCCGCCCAAACGAACGUCCAAGGCGGCAAAGAGGGCGCCCAAAGCUCUGCCCAAGGAACGGGCGGCGCCGGGAAAUCCCAAGCUCAAGUAAUUCUAUCGGACAACGGCCAAACCGUCGCCGAUUCUCAAAGUUUCGGCAUAUCCCACGGCACCCAAUCCCAAGUCAAAGCCUCAGAAACCGGCGGACUGGCCGACGCCCAAUCCAACGGACCGGGAAAAACCUCCUCGCAGGCCCAAAUCGGGUUCCUACCUUAUGAUAAUAGCGAGAGCACCAACCAAUCGGUACCGUUCAUGGGUAGCGGCACCGCUGGAGCCCAAAGCGGUUCUAACGCGGGUAUGACCCAAUCGCAAGUCCAAGGUAAAUUCCAAUUCGGCAUCAAAUACAUGGGAUCCGCCCAAGCGACGUCAGGAGGAGCUCGCUUGGAAGCAAACUACACCAAACCAGGUCCGUUCAAACCUUCAAACAUCAACUUCAAAGAUAAACUAACUCAAAACCAAGCGAAUAGAGCUGUACUAUCCGCUAACAAACCACCACCAAUUGCACAAAACCCCCAACAAGAAGACACCCCCCCGGCGAAGGUGUUCAAAAAAUCUUACCAUACACCCACCAAACCUACAGAUGAUUACUCAGAGGAGGAAUACGAAGAUGAGGACGAGGAAGAGUACAGCGAGGAGGCUCAAAAACCACUCACCAGGAGCAUCUCUACGCCCGCCCAGCACGUGGUGAAACCCAAAAUCAUCGCGCAAACCGGCUCUAAUCAAAGACAACACAUCGUCUUAGACCCGUUGGAGGAUUUGGACAUAACAGUACACCAGAGUACAGGCGAUUUUCCCAGCGACGGUACCGUCAUCCAACCAGGGCAAUCCAUUCCAGGUGCUCCAGGCUACAGGAUCCCGCUAGGUUUCCGAGGCACCGUGAAAUCCAUAGCGAACGGUCCCAACACCUACGCCAUAGGCAAGCAUUCGCAGGCCCAAAGCGUGACGGUCUCCCCGGGAAGCGGCAGGAUAAUCUACAAGAAACCCUUCUACGCGGUGACCUCGAACACCCACUCGGUAAAAGGCCAGUACGGUUACGGAUCGGGCUACACCUACCAACCGGCCUACUCUCCAAUCCGCUACCAGCUGAAGAACGGGAAGAGCCCGCCCGGGUUCGUGUCGCUGACCAAGUCCGAAUCGGGUUCGAGGAACCUGUACACCGGAAAGAAGACGCCCAGCGUGUACUACACGCAAUCGUCGACCUGCGGGGUGUUCACCAAUCAGUGCGUGUUCAACGCCGGCAGGAAGCUCUGCUUCCCAAAGGCCAAGACCAAUCCAGACGGUAGCCUGAUGGGCUGCUGAACGUAUUAUAAAAAAAUCUAGCCUGUAAGUUAGUAAUCGUAGAAAGUAAAUGUAAAUAAAUAAAUAUUUAAUUGGUUUUGUUGGUUAUGUACAAUCUGGUUGAUCAGUAGAAUAGGUUGUUGGUGAGUCCUGUGGUGGUUCUGGUCGCGAGAGGUAUCCGGAUGAUUCGCAGGUUGGUCUCCUGCGGCGAGACGUUCCUGAGGAAGAACUUCUGGAAUCUGGUGCUCAGCAACCACAGGUACCCGUCGCUUUUCCAUCGCAGCUCGGCGCAGAAUUGGAGCUUCUCCGGAUCGUAGGCCAACAACCUGAAAUUCGCAUUAGUUUAUUUCGUAGUCGAUUGUAUCUAAUCCGGUACCUUUGUUGAUUGGUGAUUGGAUUCCAAGCUGCUACGGAUGUUUCCGUCAACGGACUGAAGUAUAUAGUCUCGUCUACCAGGUUCACGGUGAUGCCUAAACCUUGCGAUGAUUUCUUACCGACGAAUUGCACGGGAAGCCUUUCGAAUUCCCCCGGAGGUCCUUUGGACAAAACCGAAGUCGGUAUACUAAAUAUCCUGCAAAAACAACAACAAACGCCUGGUACUCCACCAGCAACUAUCAAUCUACUAGCAAGCAAUUAUACCUAUCAGUAGCAAGGGGUUGGUAGUAAACCACCCCCAAUUUCGGCGAAUGAGUGAUACCAACGAUCCCGUCCAUCAACGUGAAAUCCUCCCCGUUGAUGUUGUAAUCGGAGAAAUUCGGAUCCGGGAACAUCGAAGGAUGCACGAACCUCCAAGCCUCAUCUCUUCUUCCAUCGUACACCACCAAACCUGGUGCAGCCGUAUCAGACAUGUAAACGAACGCCGAAUCGCACCUGCCUUGAAUGCUCUCGUCCACCACCAGAUUGGUCAGCAACGACGAGGGCCUCAGCACCCCGUCGGGCAAGUACACGGUGCGCACCACGCGAUCGGUGAAGAGGUCGAUCACCACCAGCUUGGGCUGGCACACCCGCCGGAAGUCGUCCAAGGAGGUCGUCACGCCCGAGUCGAGCACCUGCGGAGAUGGUUUAGAUCAUGUAGUUGUUUCGAGGAGACCAU